CCUGAAUUGCAGCUUUUCUUUCUUGUGUACAGUUCCCUUGCUUCCUAUACCCGGCCAAGCCUAUAGGUAUACCCAGUCACGCAAUCAUGUCGGAACAGAUUACCGGAAGCUGCAAUUGUGGUCGCCAUGUCUACACUAUACCCAAGCCAACGCAGAUGAAUUUAUGCCAUUGUAUUGAUUGCCGCAAAUGGGCUGGUGCCAUGCACUCUGCCCAUCUUUUCGUCGAGUCGAAGGACAUCACCACAAGCAGUCCGCAACCACGAACAUAUACCCAAAACGCUGACAGUGGAAACCCGAUGGAACGUGCGUGGUGUGAUGAAUGCGGCUGCGGGAUCUGGAUCAAGUCUCAUCAGAUGCCAGACCAGACAUUCUUGAAAGCAGGACUUUUCAACCCGGGAGAGAUUCCAAACCCGACCAUGGAGAACUGGCUGAAGAAUCUGGAGCCGUGGGAAACACCUGCGAAAGGUACCAAGAGGGCUGUCCAGCUCAAUUGACAUGUAGUGUAUGUUGAAGUACUUCCUGCCCACAAUCAACUAACAGAUUAUCACUUCACUAUAAUCGUCUCCUGGACGCAUCCAGGAUCACUGCUUUUUCUCAAGUUGCGGGGCCUUUUCCCCAAUGUGGUGAACGUGGGGUCUUUUCGGGGGCCUUUGGACAAUCAGCCCCA